AUGAGCUCGGCGGUCGGAGCAGAGAUCAAGCAUGAGGCAUGGCACCGGCUGCCAACGUGGUUGAAGAAUGACCCUGGUGGACCUGUGGACUUGAUGGACAUCCGGGAUCAGCUUCUCUUGGAGACGUCCAAGAGUGGAGAGCAGUUUUGGAAGUUGGGCACAGAUGCGGUGGUGCUGUCCAGGCCACCAUGGGCAGCAACAGCGACGGAAUUUCAGGACAAGGCCACAAUUGUGAGGUUUCUCUGCAGUCCGGGCGAGUGCGGCCAGCUUUUGAUCAUGGCCGAGGCUGCCGGAUUUCUGAAAGCUCCAAGUGGAUUGGAGCGUUCCACUUUGAUUGCCAGUUCCAAGCUUCAGGAGCAAUUUCUUGGGAGGCUGAGGCCUUGGCUGUCAAAGGAAGAAAACGUGGAUGAGGCCGAUCAGGCCUUGUAUGACCAAUUGGAAUUCUUGCGGCUGCAGCCAGGAAGCCGCGCGUGCAUCUCCGCUGAAAGCAAACAAGAACAGACACAGCUGGUCUUACUUCCACUAAACCGUGCUGGAGCAGAACUGCACUUUGUUCGAAGCGAGGCGUGCAUGCCUUUGGCGAAUGAACAGGGUGCUGCCAUUCUGCUUGCACAUCCAAGCGAGCACUUGGAGGUCUCUGGGGCCUCACAGGGCGUUCUGCACCUUCUUUGUCUUACACUCUCCAGGGCGCAGGAGCCAAAGCAUGCUCCCACCAAUGCCUUUCAAAUUGAUGGCUUGAGCGAGAAGACCAAAACACGGAAUCUCAGAGGUCCCUCCGCGGGUUGUCCAGCUCCAACUUUUGAGAACCCAGGCAGUGACUUUCACAUGGCUCCACCUGCGUUGGUGCCACCGCCUCCCGCAGUGGCGGUCGACCCACCACCAAUGGAUGUGUGGCCAGAAGACCCUGUUUGCCAGCUGGAAAUUGGGGAAACGGUGGAGGCUUUCUGGGAACCAGACAAACAGUAUUUUGCUGGCAGAGUCGCGAAUCUGCACGAUGACGGGGCGGUUUCCGUGGCUUGGCGGGACUGGGACGGUGUGGCACAACUUCCCAACUUCUUGGUUCGUCCAAGGACGAUGCACUGGGACAGUGCUGAUUGACAGUCGGUUGGCAGAACGUCCUGGAUGCCUUCCACCUGCAACCAGCAACGACCCAAGGGAUGGUCAAGAAGAUAUUUUGAGAAGAUUCUGAUUCAAGGAGCAUUUCUCUGCAGCCGAUGCUGGUAGGAAGCUGGCUGAAGCUGAAGCAGACCAGCUCGAGAAACAGUUGCAGGAGCAAAAGCAAGAAGUCGCUGUCCGGACACGAGCCACGGGAGAUCGCAAAGGUUUAAACAAUCUCAUCAGCAAGCAGCUCGCAAUGAACCAUCCAGACUUGCCGUGGUAAAGACUGCAAGCGCAAGUUAAGGUGCAGUACUUGAAAGCAGCAGAGAGCAGACAACCUCCAAAUGUAAUGACAACUUUUCGGGCUGGUGACAGAGUUUGGCAUUCAAGCGACCCUUGCGCAUACCGUCGGUGUCUGACAACUCCCAUGAUGAAUGUGACGGCUGCAAGAAUCAGUUGCAGCUGCAGGCAUCCACUCGGUUAUCUUAGAUGGCAGCCCGAUCCUGGGAUUGCAGAGUCCCUCUUGGCCAAGAGCAAAAGAAGCCUUGGAGGACGGCGAAGCGACCUUCGUCCCCCACUUGGGUCAGAAUGCGAGGGAUGAGGUGGGGGAGGACAAAGCGUUGAAGAAAAGAUUGCAAGCACUCGGGGAAGUCAGAGGCUUGGCCAAGGGGCCAUGCAUGUUUUUCGUCUCCAAGGAUUGCAAGCUUUCGGUAUGACAACCAACAAAAGGGCUACGAGAGGGCGGCAUAUUUGGCACUGGCUGUGACUGUGACAACAGUCCUAAGCGGGUGGGAGCCUAGAGGCACAGACAUCUGCAAUCUGAAGCCGCAGGUCGAGAGAGCGAUGUCGCGUGGCAUUGGAGCGAGGGAGAAUGCUCGAAUAAAGAGUGAGUUGAUGGAGAUCCGGCAUGAAUCCCAGGGCGUGAUUUGCCCGGAAGCGAAGAAAUCUGAAGCAUUCGUUCCCUGUGGGCAUUUGCGUGUGAAAAUCAUAUUGUGAUUGCCUGGUGCAAAAAGCAAGGCCAGUUGUGCAAUGCGCCCGACUUGCCGCCGAGACGUUCGAUCUACAAUGCGAGUUUAUCUUGGGUCUGAAGCCAUUGCGUGAGACUCAUGAGAUGGGAACUGGGAAAAAAGAUAGCCAGCUCGAGCAGUACUUUUGGUGACAUGGGAGAGAUUUUCCGCUCCAGUGCCUGAGCGUUGAGAACAUCUGUGGUUGAGCUUCCGUUGCCGAACUGUUCAGAAUUGUGGAGUUCGAGCAAAGUCGCCUGGUCACUCUUGAAGAAAUGGGAGCCGACCGGCUAUGUUGAUGUUUUUACCAAGCUCAGGGCACUGGAACAAAGAGGACUUUGAGAAGGUCUUGGAUCUCUUAGUGUGUGACCUAGGUGCCUUAGCCAAGCUCUUCCAGCUGCGUACACCGGUAGCCAUGAAACAUGCACGCCCAUCCAGUCGCACGGUGCACCGGUAGCCUGUUGGAGCCGGACAAGGCUGUCCUGAUGACACCGGAAGUGACUGCCACAACCUCCACUACAGCACUACAGCACUACAGUACAGCACUGUAGCCUGCCUGGGGAGCACAUCUCCCGUCUUUAUGGCACCUUCGACCAGUGGACCCACGUGUCAUGCAACUUCAACUUCGAGACGAAAAUGAGAGAGUCCGUCACGACUUCGCUGAGACAUCCACAAAUUCGAAAUGAUGGAGCACGAUGUCAUAGCAGGGCAGUUGUUCUGCACGUCUUUGCGGAAGCCUUGUCAAAGGCAGGACCGCAGGAGUGGCUUGAUGCAUCUUGAUGCUAUUUGAUGCUUACAAAAUCUUACAAAGGUACGGAACGGUCGUAGGAUGCCAGGAGUGGUUCAGUCGUUCAGCUGCCUGACUCACAACAGCUGAGCUCUCCUGGGAUUUCACCAAGGAAGCCUAAGGAUCCUAAGGGGGCAAAA